AUGUCCAUCUUCCGCCACAGCAUCAGCUCUCUCGCAGACAACAACGACAGCCCGUUCGCACUCGACUCCACCUCACAGACCCCCUCCUCUCCCCCAGCAUCCGCCACCCUUCCCGGCUCCAACUCCCACGUCUCCGUCCAGCUUCCAGACCACCCUCCCUCCCAUACCCGCUCCCCCUCCUAUCCCAACAGCUCACAUCUUCCAAGCGCUAUGCACCAUACCACAGGCAUACCUCGAACGCGAACCAACUCGAGUAGUCAAGGAGACGGCAAGUACCGCCGCAAGGUCGGUUUCGAGGCGUUCGAAGCUGGCCCCGCUGCCCUGUUUGCUUUCACGUGCCAAGCCAAGAGCGAGGGGUACAAACGGUCUAGGAACACGCGAGUCUUUGCCGUAGCGUGUUCACCGGAUGAAAGUGGAGAGUCGGCGCUCGAAUGGUUGAUGAGCGAGCUGGUGGAGGAUGGCGACGAGGUGGUUGCGCUGCGGGUCAUCGAGGUCGAUGAUGGAGAACGUCAAAGUGACAAGACGCAGGACGAGUUCAGAGAAGAAGCCCAGUCUCUCCUGAAACUGGUGCUUCAAAAGAAUGACGAGGCCGAUGACACGCGCAAGAUCUCGGUCAUUGUCGAAUUCGUCGCCGGCAAGGUGUCCGAGAUUCUUCUGAAGAUGAUUGCUCUUUACCGUCCGGACUCCCUCGUGGUUGGCACCAAAGGUCAACGCUCCAAGCUCCAAUCCUGGGGUAUGGCCCUCGGCGCACCAGGCAUGGGCUCUGUCUCUCGAUUCUCUGUCUCCCACUCUCCCGUCCCCGUCAUCGUCGUCCGCCCUGAACGUAAAGUCCGCAAACAUCUGCAAAAGAGGCAAAAGGACCCAAAAAGGGGGCAGUACGCUGCCAUCCUCGGACCCAAUGGGCUGGCGUUGAGCAGGAGCAGGAGUAGGGAGAGGAGCACUGGGGGUAGCACUGGUGGAGUUAGUACGGGUGGUAUAAGCGACUAUGAGCCAUAG